AUGGCUUCCUUGCCCGCGACACCACCGGCUGAACGCCCCAAGGGCAAAGCAUCCUGGAGAUUCGAGGAGACUUCCGCGCCCUGUGAAUGGGCCGAAGAUUAUCGACCAGGUGUCUAUCAUCCGGUCAACCUCGGCAACACGUUCCACGAUGGAGCGUACAGAGUGCUCCGAAAGCUUGGUUACGGCUCUUACUCCACAGUCUGGCUUGCUGUCGAUACACGAAACCUAAAAUACGUUUCCCUCAAAAUAAUGAUUGCCAGCGCCUCUACGACGAACACAGAGCUUGACAUUCUCGAGCAUCUCUCCAAAAGGGCCGCCAAAGACCCCAAUUCGCGGCAUCUCACCGUACUGUUGGACACUUUUAUCCAUGAAGGUCCCAACGGAAAACAUCGAUGUCUUGUGUUUGAGCCUAUGGGAACUAGUGCAGCUUCACUGGUGAGGCAGCUGCCGGAAAACCAGCCAGCACUAUUUGGAAAGCGACAAAGGUACCCUAAAUGGAUGGCUAAAAAUAUCCUUCUUCAUUGCCUACGCGGGCUCGCCUUCCUCCACACGAACGGAGUGGCUCACGGUGACGUCCAGCCAGGAAAUCUUCUGUUUGCUAUCAAUGACAUCAACUCGGCCAAGGAGAAUGAGUUGAAGCAGAACGAAACCGACACUGAAGUGCAUCUACGACGUAUUGAUGGAAAGAAAGAUAAAUGGACACCGACCAACUUAUAUCUUCGGCAGUCGCUCCACGAGUAUGUGGGUCGCGGUCCUGAUCUCUGCGUUAAACUAUCAGACCUUGGAUCAGCCUUUUGGUCGGCCAAUCCACCAAAAGAUACCUUAACACCCCUUGCCCUUCGCGCCCCAGAGCUGAUCCUCCAUCAACCAAUUGACAGCAGCAUCGACAUAUGGAGUUUUGGAUGCCUCAUGUUCGAAUUUCUCAUGGGAAGGACUUUGUUUGCAUGUGAAGAUACAGAUGAUGAACACCUGUCUCAGCUAAAUGAUGUUAUCGGGCCCUUGCCUGAUUUUAUUAUGGACGCAUGGCCGCGUGCUAGAAAAUGGUAUGAUGCGGACUGCAAUCCCUUGCAGCCUGAUGAAGAUGAAGGAGAGCCCUUCAUCUAUGAUUCGCUUGAAAAUCUCUUCGCAGAUACCAAGCCGGAAGGCAUUGACGACGAGGAGUCGACGGUUGUUUGCUCACUCAUAAAACGGAUUCUGGAUUAUAAUCCUUCGAAAAGGCCUUCGGCAGCGGAACUUUUAAAGCAUCCAUGGUUUACUGAUUGA